UAAAAAGUGAUAUUACAACACUGGAAUACACGUGAUACUCGGAAGAAAAGUUUUAACGAAGAUGGUGAGGAAAUUAAAAUACCAUGAACAGAAAUUAUUAAAAAAAGUUGACUUUAUAUCGUGGGAAGCGGAUAAUAAUCUAAACGAAGUAAAAAUCCUGAAACUCUAUCGGAUACAAAAACGAGAAGACUAUGCAAAAUACAAAAGAUUGGCGCGUGAGAUACGCGAUCUAGGUAUGAAAAUUAAAGAAGUUGAUGCAGAACAUCCAUUCAGAGUUGAACAGAGUGCAUUAUUAUUAGAAAAAUUAUAUAUGAUUGGACUGAUACCAACAAAAUGGGAUUUGUCGUUAUCGCAAACGGUGAAAGGAGUUUCCUUCUGCAGAAGGCGACUGCCAGUUGUUAUGGUACGGAAUAAGAUGAGUGAGAAUCUUAAAAUGGCAACACAAUUGGUAGAACAAGGUCAUGUUAGAGUUGGUGCAGAAGUUGUAAAAGAUCCAGCAUUUUUGGUAACAAGGAAUUUAGAAGAUUUUGUUACGUGGGUCGAUACAUCAGCUAUUAAGAAACAUGUAUUAGAAUAUAAUAAUGCUAGGGAUGACUUUGAUAUGGCAUAAAUUAAACAAAUAUGUUAAUAAACAAUCACAUUUUGUAUAUUUUGUACUUAUACCACU